AUGGCCGUAUCAGUCAUCACGACGGACGAUUGGUUUAAGGCCAUCCGUUGUUCUAAGUACCCUCUUGUCACAAAGUACAUCCAUGAGUUCAAGGGCAAGCGAUGCUCUAUGGAGUGGACGGCACUAAUGUGGGCAGCAAAAUUUGGGGAUGUGAAAAUGGUCGAGCUCCUUGCUGAGCAUGAGCAUUCUUUGAUAAACGAUAAUAUGGAGACUGCUCUUAUGAUCGCCUGCCGCUUCCGCAACUACCACGCAGCCAAUAUCCUUGUGAAGUACGAGGCCGGCAGACAGGACAAGCUUGGCUGGACGGCGCUCAUGUGGUUAUCAGUCAUGGGCGGGGCUGACACAGCAAAUUUACUGGUGGCAAGAGAGGCGUGUAAGCAGGAUAAAGACGGGCAGACAGCUCUUAUGCUCAGCAUAGAAAAAGGCCACUACGACAUUUCGGCCCUUCUUCUUGGCCACGAGGCCAGAAUGGCAAUGAAGAACGGUCUUACUGCAUUGAUGAAGGCCUCCAUGUUGGGCAAUCAAGAUGUGGUCAGAAGAUUGGCUCCUUACGAACUUGGAAUGCAAGAUUCUAAGGGGAAAACAGCGCUCAUGCACGCAAUAAUGAAGAGAAACACAUGGCUAUUUGACGUGUUAGGUCCAGAGGCAAGCAUAGUCGAUUCAGAGAAUACUACGCCCUUUGAGUUGGCUCGAAAGGAAGAACUGGAUUCAUAUCAUCUACUAAAUCUGCUGUUAACGCGGAGAUAUCUCGAUGAUCAACGCAGAAAUCUUUGGUUGAUGAUUAUUCUCUUUUACAUUAGUACGACUAGUCUCAAGCUGCUCUUUGGCGAUUCCCAGACAAUUGUCGCCAUAAAUGACUUAACAGAGUCUUUUCUCUCGCUCCUCUUUGAUGAUCUGGACUUGACAGCCACCUCACCGAUCAAUGCUGAUGGAUUUAGCACCAAUCUCAAUCGUACUGAUAAGAGUGGCACCACUGAUGAUACAGACAUCACAAUGGAGUGGAGCACCCAGCGCCCUCAAGCAGCCUUUAUAGAGCCACUGAUGGAUGCCGGACUUAAAGCGAUAGAAGACCUAAAUAACAACAUAGAUAUACAGCCAUGCGCGGUGUGUUUGGACUUUAUCUGUGAAAUGGUUUUCUUGCCCUGCAAGCACUGCGUUACAUGCCAUAAUUGUACAGAGGCAAUCAAGGCCAAGUGUCCUUAUUGUAGAGAAGAAAUCAAGGAUAUGAUUCAGCUAGAUUACUCCUUUGAGACCCCCUCUAUUUUUAAAGUAAUUGGGGCCACAGAGUAA